CCCUCGCUGACGUCAGACAGGUGCUGGAUGAGCCGCUGUUCGUACGCGAGUCGUCUGCUGAAGGAGAUUAUAAUGAGUCAGAGAGGCUCCGGCAGCAUUUAACUCCAGCAGCCCGCAGCGCUCACAGCCACUGCCACCACACCGAUAAAGGACGGUGCACACGCAUAUCGCAGCCUGAGGAUACCACAGGAACUCCGGCAAACUCGCGCUUUGGAAACCCACAGCAGAAAGACAACCUGUUGUAUUAUUAGUAAUAUCUAACCAGACGCUGGACUAUCGUGCAAUUGAUUUUUGAAUGUUCUGCAAACGGUAGUGCUUGCUUGACAUCUUUACAUGCAAACAGGUGCGGGCAUUGACCAUGAACGAGCAUUUCUCCAAAAACUCCACAGAGGCCGAGCUGGGCAGCUGGUUCGAGCCAAGCGAUGACAAUAGCUCCCUGGACCUAUCUUCCCCGGCGCCGGAGCCAGUCCUGAAACUCUGGGAUGUGGUGCUGUGCAUCUCAGGGACCAUCAUCGCCUGUGAAAACGCCAUCGUGGUGGCCAUCGUCUUCUACACGCCGUCGCUGCGAACGCCGAUGUUCCUUCUGAUCGGUAGCCUGGCCACGGCGGACCUGCUUGCGGGUCUGGGGCUGAUAGUCCACUUCGUGUUUCUGUACUGCAUUCGAUCCGAGGCGGUCAGUCUCAUCACCGUUGGGCUGCUCGUCGCCUCGUUCACGGCCAGCGUGAGCAGCCUGCUGGCCAUCACCAUCGACCGCUACCUCUCACUGUACAACGCGCUCACCUACUACUCGGACAGGACAGUGACGCGCACCUACAUCAUGCUGAUUCUCACCUGGGGCGUGUCGAUCUGCCUGGGGCUGCUGCCCGUGAUGGGCUGGAACUGUUUGAAAGACGAGUCCACCUGCAGCAUAGUGAAGCCGCUGACCAAGAACAACGUCAUGAUCCUGUCCGCGUCCUUCUUCGCCGUGUUCGUCGUGAUGCUGCAGCUCUAUGUGCAGAUCUGCAAGAUCGUCUGCCGGCACGCCCACCAGAUCGCCCUGCAGCGGCACUUCCUCUCCACCUCCCACUACGUGACCACCCGCAAGGGCAUCUCCACGCUCGCCGUCAUCCUGGGCACCUUCGCCAGCUGCUGGCUGCCGUUCGCCAUCUACUGCCUGCUGGGCGACUACACCUACCCGGCCCUGUACACCUACAUCACCCUGCUGCCCGCUAUAUAUAACUCCAUGAUCAACCCGGUCAUCUACGCCUUUCGGAACCAGGAGAUCCAGAAGAUUCUGUGGACGGCGUGCUGUGGGUGCAUGUCACCAGGUAUGGGCUGCCGGUCCAGGUCCCCCAGCGAUGUCUAGCUUCUAUAGCGGUCCCGGUUCUGGUCCAGACUGAUGAUGGCGCUUUUGCUAUGGUGAAUCGCCAUUCUGCGCCGCCUCUUCGUGUUGCUCCAGAGGCUGACGUUGGUCGCAUUUCAGUGUGAUAAAGACAGCACCACUUUAUUCAUUGGGUGCCUGGGAGUCCAGGCGCUUUAUUCAGAAUGUAUUGUCGCGCUGGGCAUUGCGCAGGACUUGCACGUUGUAAUGCGUACGUGGUUCGGACCCGACAAUCUGAAUAUGAUGUAUAUUGAAAACUCUUGAUGACAGAGCGAGAAUGAUAUUAACAAUCACUGUUGACAUUUUGCAGAAAGACAAACAUUUAUAAAUCUUUUUUUUUUCUUUUUUUAAUCGAAGUGCGAGUCAAAGUUUAAUACACAGGUGCUCCACGCGUGUUAAUCGCCUACUCUCUGCCUUCGGAGAGUUUCUCUCCUAGAGAAACAUUUUUAUCAAUUCUUUAGAGAGAUGUUCAUUUGAUACUAGCUUGAUAAAGCCUAUUCGUAUUACUAUUUAAAAGAAAUCUAUUUAUUUUAGAACCAUUUUUAUUGUAUUUAUGUUUUUGCUGGCUUUGUAGAAUAUUUCUUUAAGGACCGUAAACCACACACGUGUCCAAGUGAGAGUCCUUUCCCACGCGUGUAGUGGGUGUUUGUUGUUUUCUAAGGCAGUAAGAUUGAGAUUGCCUUUUCCUAUCCUUCUUUCUCUGUCAUCACAGUUAUAUAAAGGUUUAUGUUUUACAGAUGAAAUGGCAUGUUUGUGAGGAUUCUUUAACUUCUAAAGUUAUCAACACGUUCACUGAGCCAGCGUCUUCUGAAGCGCGUUGACCGGUGUUGAUACUGAUCGAUAUCCACUCCCUCCACUCCAUUGCGUAACUCUUCACUGCCAGCGGAGCCAGCCCUGCGGGAUGCACUUCUCGGACUGCGGUGCUCGGCUCACCUCUACCGGACAAAUACGGAAUUGCAGGUAGAACAGAUACGGCUUGGGUGCACCAAGGUCUGACUGCUUAUGGUCUUAGCAUGGCGCGUUGCUGGAAGUUCUGUAUGGACAGUGCUGGAACACGUAUACAGACUACAAAGAAACUGUCAGUCAUGUGUUAAAUUAAUUUAUAUAU